AUGGACCAGAAUUCCCCGCAAAGGGGAGGUCCUACUUCGCCAGCUGCCUCUCGCGAACCUCGAUUACAUCUUCCCUCGACGACCGAUCCUCCAGGCCCCCAGAACCCCCCAAAACCGCUCGUAUGGCUGAUCUUCGGUGCGACAGGCCACAUGGGCCGCUCGCUCGUCAAGAUCGCCCUAUCGCGCAACGAUCUAGUCUCAGCCGUAGGGCGCACCUAUGAAAACAGCCCCGAAGCCAUGAAAGAGCUCGAAGACGAACACGAGAACUGCCUCGGCCUACUAUGUGACGUACGCGCACGCGAGACCGUCAAACGCGUAAUCGACCAAACCAUCGCGCGAUUCGGACGCAUAGACGUGAUCGCCAAUUGCUCCGGGUACGGCGUGAUCGGAGCCUGCGAAGACCAAGACGAAUUCGAUAUCCGCAAUCAAUUCGAGACAAACUUCACAGGGACAUUGAACAUGAUCCAAUUAUCUCUCCCGCAUUUCCGAGAGCGACGGGCAGGUCGGUAUCUCAUUUUCAGUUCAACGUCCGGCGCACUUGGAGUGCCGGGGUUGGGACCGUACUGCGCGUCGAAGUACGCCGUCGAAGGUCUGAUGGAAAGUAUGUUGUAUGAGGUGGAUAGCUUCAACAUCAAGGGGACUCUUGUCGAGCCUGGUCAUAUGCGACGUGACGAUAUUGGGGAUCUGGUCUCACCUUCAUUCAUGGCUGCCAAUCCCUCCGAACACAACCUCUCCUCGCCGCUGCCUCUGUACGGUCAUUUCUUGGUCAAGAAGCCUAGUGAACCCUAUAAUACUACUACCUCGCCUGCUGCGCAUGCCCGGCGCAUGCUCAUGUGGCUUGGUGAUAAGCAGCCUGCUUCUGCGGUGAAAGCGGCCCACCUUGUCUGGGAACUUGGGCACUGUUCUUAUCCUCCCUUACGACUGAUUCUCGGUACCUACGCAGUCGAAAGUAUUCGGGAUAGGUUGAAGUGUAUCAUUGAGGAGAUUGAGGAUUGGAAACAUCUCAGUUUCCCGUUGGGGGAAACGCAGCCUGGGGGUGAAAGAUCAUCUGCACAGAACGAAGGCAAUGACGCUGCCAGCAAUGCGGGAUGA